AUGGAAAAUUGUGGGUGCAUUUGUAUCUCAACCGACUCGACCACUAAAAAGCACAAAGAAAUCUACUGUGUUAUUUUGAGGUAUGAAUUAAAUGGAAACUUUUAUUCCGUCCCUCUUAUUCUUAAAGAAUAUGAAGAAAAAGAAACAAACUCUGAAUCAGUUGCGAAAUGGUUACUCGAUAAAUUGUUGUUGCUUGGAAUUCCAUUGAAUAAAUUACACUGCAUCACAACCGAUGGUUGUGCUACAAUGUGUGGAGUUGAUGGAGGCGUGGUUGAACAAUUCAGUGUACAGUUGGGUUUGUUGACAACGAAAACACGGGUUCCAUAUCCAUCAAUUAAGGGAUGGUGGUGUUCUGCCCACGGGUUCCAUCUAGUCGGUGAAAGUUGCGACACUGAACCAGAAGUAAAAAUGAUAGAAUCUAUCUGUUAA